AAUACAACAUACGCUUCAGGUGUUUGGAUUUUAAAUUAGUGAAUUUUUUUUUGUUCAGAGAAAUGUUUGUUUUGCAGGUAAUUGCGGUCGCUGCAUUAAUCUUUGUGUCAAUUGAGGCUCAAUUCAAUAGGAGGCCCAGACCAUUCAGCCACAGUAUCCCCUGUGAAGAGGUAGGCCCACCCCAGGGGGAUUCCCAGCAACUUCCAAUCGCCUGUGCAUUUGGAAUUUCAGAUGAGAAAUUAGGAAAUGACGAGUUGAAGCCAAUUUACGUGAGAGUUUCUUCUCCAAUCUCUUACACGCCCCUUCGCAAGACUUCCUCUUUGGUUUAUGUUGCACCGCCGAUCAUUAAAUCCUCGGGCUCUGUUAUUGCGCAUCGUAACAAUCAACAACAGCAGGAACACCCCAAAUAUUCCUUCAAUUAUGGAGUCCUCGAUGGCUACACAGGGGACACGAAAUCCGCGUGGGAGGAGAGGGACGGUGACACCGUGAAGGGAGAGUACUCCGUGGUGGAGGCUGAUGGUUCAAUAAGAACAGUCACUUACACAGCCGACGAUCUGAAUGGCUUCAACGCUGUGGUAACGAAGACAAGUCCCCCAAAGGGUCCACCCUCCAUCGACUCCAUCAAGCGGUUCUUUCCCCUGGUCAGAGGUGGAGUCCACAGUAUAAAAGUACAAAAGUAAACGACUUCUCAUCAUCAAAAACCCAUCCAACGGAUUUUCAUUGUGUGGACUUGUUCAUGAUUGAGUGAAACGAAUGACUGAAAGCCUGCGCUGGAUAACCAAUUGGAAAAAAAUGGGAAAUUGCUUUUGUCAUCACUUAAUGUAUUUUUGCUAAUUAAACAUUUAGUUAGCAAAGUUAGCAAGUUAGUUUUUUGAAACAUUUA